CGUUUUUUAAUUUAGGUAAUAGUUGUAGCCAUAAAGAAUAGGAAGCUUGAUCUACCUGCAAAUGCUGAGGAAUUAAAUCAUGGAAAGAUUGUGGAGGAUACGGUGGAUAUGGAAGGUCUGACUAACACCAAUGAUUUCAAAUUUUUGGAUAAAGCCUCAAUUUUAACUAGCAAGAAGGGCAAGUUGAGCCCGUGCUCGGUAACUCAAGUUGAGGAGACAAAGAUCAUCUUUCGACUGGUCCCCAUCGCUUUAAGCUCGAUAAUCUGCUAUGUUCCUGUCACUCUGUUGCUAACACUAACAGUUCAACAAGGAAACACAAUGAACAAGAAGGUAGGGAGGAUACAUAUCUCUCCAGCAUCCCUCUUCUUUAUCCCUAUAACCUUUCAAAUGUUAAUCUUAUUUCUUUACGACCGUUUCAUUAUGCCUUUUGGCCGAAGGCUCAUAAAAGAUGGGUCUGGCAUCACAAGCUUGAAACGCGUUGGGUUGGGCUACUUCACAACUACAAUUUCAAUGUGUCUGGCUGCGAUGAUUGAGAAGAAGAGGAAGCAAGUGGCCAUUGAGCAUGGUAUGGUGGAGGCCACUACUGGGAUCCCCAUGUCUGUGUUGUGGCUAGGGUUCCAAUUCUUUGUAUUGGGGAUUUUUGAUGCAACUAGCUUUGUGGGGCUGUUGGAGUUCUUCAACAGUGAAGUCUCCAAGGGGAUGAAGUCAUUAGGCACUGCAAUCUUCUGGUGCAUUCUUGGUUUGGGAUCUUUGUUGGGUUCAUUUCUUGUUCAUUUGGUCAAUCAGUUCACUAGGCAUUCCCAAGGUGAGGGGUGGUUAGGGGGUAACAACUUAAACAAGAAUCAUUUAGAUAGGUUUUAUUGGCUCCUUGCUCUGAUAGGCUUCAUUAGCUUUAUCAAUUAUCUUUGGUGGGCUUUGCAAUACUCAUCUAGACAAUUUUAUACCAGGGUUUAAGUUGGUAUGAUGCUUUGCAUUAUGUUUUUUUUCUAAUGUUCUUUUUACUCUUCUUCUCAAA